AUGAUAAUCCACUGCCUAAAGAGGAACAAACUGAGAAAAAUCUAACUCAAAAUAAUAAAGUUCUUAAAACUAGGAGAGCCUAAACUAGACAGAGAUAUUCAAAUAAUUUAUAAAAUUGGGGAGAGACAAAAUCAAAUAAGCAAAGACCAGAAUCAGAAGCAUCUAGAUCAUAAAGAGAAAAACAGUACUCUGAAAAUAAAAAGACUUUUGAUACAAUCAAAGACUUAUUAGAAAAAGAUAAUAAUAGGAUUUAGAGAUUUGAAGGAAAUAUUUAUUUUGCUAGAUAACAUAGAUAUGUUGUUUCCCAAAAUUAUAAAUAAAGAAGAUUAUUAAAAAGUAGUAAGAAUUUUCGCCCAACAUAAGCUAGCACAAGAUUAGAUCAGACAAUUUAAGACCAAGAAUCAACAAUUAUAAACUAAGAUUGCUCGAAUGAGUUUAUAAUAAAGUAAAAAGUUGAAAGAAAUGAAGAAUCACCUAGUGGAUCUUUUAAUAAACUUGAUGAUUUGGCAUCAUUAGAUCUAACAACUUGCUAAAAUGACAAAAAUUAUUUAAUUUUAGGAAGAAGAUGAAUGA